AACCAGGACUCGGAGAUGGACCGGGAUCAGAACCAGGACUGGGAUCAGAACCAGGACUCGGGGUCCGGCAGCAGGGCGGGUCUGCAGAAACAUGUAUGCAAGGAGAGACCCAGAAGUCACCACUGUGAUCAGUGUAAAAAAGUCCUCACCACUUCAUCAGGUCUGAGUGCGCAUAAGAGGAUUCAUACCGGAGAUAAACCGUUCAGCUGUGAUCUGUGUGGGGCAGCUUUUUCCCGACAACGCUCUCUCUGGAAUCAUCAACGUGUUCACACUGGAGAAAAACCAUUCAGCUGUGAUCAGUGUGGAAAAGCUUUUGCCCAACAUGGUGGUUUAAAGUCGCAUCAACGUACUCACACCGGAGAAAAAAGGUUCACCUGUGACCAGUGUGGAAAAGCUUUUACCACAUUAAGAUGUCUAAAGACUCAUCAAUAUAUUCACACUGGAGAUAAACCAUUUAGCUGUGAUCAGUGUGAGGCAGCUUUUUACCAACAAAGUGCUCUCAGAAUUCAUCAACGUAUUCAUACUGGAGAAAAACCGUUCAGUUGUGAUCAGUGUGACACAGCUUUUAACACAUCAAGUGGUCUAAGGAUUCACCAACGUAUUCACACUGGUGAAAAACCAUUCAAAUGUGAUUACUGUGGGGCAGCUUUUACCACCUCAAGUUCUUUAAAUAUUCACCGACGUACUCACACUGGACAUAAACCAUAUAGAUGUGAUCAAUGUGGAGCAGAUUUUACUACAUCAGGGAGCUUAACCAAACACCAAUAUAUUCACACUGGAGAUAAGCCAUUCAGAUGUGAUGAGUGUGGAAAAGCUUUUACCUCACCAAGCUAUCUAAGAGUUCACCAACGUACUCACACUGGAGAUAAACCAUAUAGAUGUGAUCAGUGUGAAGCAGCUUUUACUGCAUCAGGGAGUUUAAAGAAACACCAAUAUAUUCACAAUGGAGAUAAGCAAUUCAGAUGUGAUGAGUGUGGAAAAGCUUUUACCUCACCAAGCAAUCUAAGAGUUCACCAACAUACUCACACUGGAGCUAAACCAUAUAAAUGCGAUCAGUGUGGAGCAGCUUUUACUGAAUCAGGGAAUUUAAGGAGACACCAAUAUAUUCACACUGGAGAUAAGCCAUUCAGAUGUGAUGAGUGUGGAAAAGCUUUUUCCUCACCAAGCUAUCUAAGGGUUCAUCAACGUACUCACACUGGAAAUAAACUGUAUGGAUGUGAUCAGUGUGGAAAAGCUUUUACCUCAUCAGGCUAUCUUAGGGUUCACCAACGUAUUCACACUGAAGAUAAACCAGAUCUAAAUUCAGAUCUGAUCAGUGUGGAGCAGCUUUUACCCAACGUGGUAUUCUAAGGACUCACCAACGUACUCACACCUGAUUAAAACUAUAUCUGUUAUCAGUCUGUUGCAGCUCUUAUUAUGAGAGCUUAAUUAUAAAUGUGAACUUAACGCAGUGUCUUCUUUUAAUUAGCACACUUCACUGCAGAAUUACUCUAGAGAUAUGUUACACUGAGGAAAAAGUCAAAUUAACGUUACUUGCUUUCGCCUCACAAUUUUAAAUGUUUGUAUGCUAUUUUCAUAUGCUAUGUAAGACAGUUGCCUAAAUGUGUAAGCUGGUGGCGGCAUUGUGAUGUAUAUGCUCUGGUUUUACCUGAGGUUGUCACUCACUGGAUACCAUAUUUUAAAGAGCAUAUUGCAGGUUGGAGACCCCUGUGAAUCAAUGUGUAGGAAAAUAAUGUAGGAACUGAAUUUUCAUUGAAAUACGCAUACAUAUAUACUACAGUGACCUCCAGAGUUGUUUUUGUGAGAGUAUAUUACUUCCGCAUCUGAAAAAGCUGAACCGGAAGUGACGUAGCACCAGGGAGUGCGGUGAAUUUCAACAAUAGGAAAAAUAAUGGAUCUUAAUGUUAGUUGUGACACUGAAGAGGUUGUGAAUGUGUAUUCACACCAAUAUGACGGGCCACAGCCUUAUAAUUACGAAACCCGUUAGGCCCCCCACGUUCUUUUGAUUGACAGCUGAAACUCGCUUUUUAAAAGGCUGAUUUAUGGGUCCGCGUUACACCAACGCAGACCCUACGGCGUAGGUUACGCGGCGACGCACCGAACGCUGCGUGCGCCGCGUAACCUACGCCGUAGGCUACGCCGUCGAUUUUACGCGGAACCAUAAAUCUUCAUUCACCGCAGCACCCGCCCGUGCGCUCCUCGAAACUCCGAAAAUAACUCCUAAAAGAUGGGUGAGUACUUGUAAUCUAUCUACGUUUGUACUUUCUAAGGAGAAAACAAGCUUAUUAUCUUCUCUUUUUUCUGAUUAAAUGCAUCCGAAAUAGCCGGGUAUUUUUAAAACCGAAUAUUUCGCCCCCUUCGUUUAUAAAAUAAUUUGUAUCCACCUUACAUCGUUGUUAAAAAAAAAAACCUUCCACACAUAACCGAAGAUUUGCGUUUUCGACCACAUUCAUAAGCAUUCCAAACCUGUAGAUCAUGUACUUCCCCCCGUGUCCACGUUCGAAAAAGCAAAACUCCGGUUGUCUCUGUCUACACGCAUCUACAUAAACAGAGUUUUCAAAAAUCUUCACUUUGCCCAGAGUUUUUUUAAACAUUCGUUUAUUUGCGUUUUCAUGUGGAUGACAGGUCAAAACGUAGAAAAAUAUCUUCGGUUUAGCAGAUACCCGGCUACGUGUGUACAAGGUCUGCGCAGUCAGAUGGGGCAGAGCUGUGGAGACGUCUCCCUGCUGCUACGUCAUAUGACGCGGUGUUCGAAAAAAAAAGCGUUUGUAGGAGCUUUGCUAAAAUCAGCCACUUUUUCCUCUGAAUACGUGCCCUUAUGUCUUGUAAAACAUAUUAAAUCCUACAUUAACUUCUCACAUAGUCAUUUUCACAUAAAGUCAGGUAUAAUCUUUGAAAAAACCCUAACCUGCAAUAUGCUCUUUAAGUUUUAUUAUACCACAUGGGGCUCAAUUUCAAUCAGUGUUUGUUUACUAUUUGUAUCAGUAUUUUUACAAUCCCUUUUGUGGUCACUAUUAUAACAGUAGAUUUAGUUACCUGGAAAUAUUCAAAGGUUUUCAUUGUACUUAUUUCUUUGUACAUUUUUUACUUAUAUAUUUCUCUAGCUACCCACUAAUUUUUGGCCUGCUACUAAGAACUUCAUGGGUACAUUCACAGUAAUUGUGGAACUGUUUGAAUAGUUUCCUUGUAUUUACAUUUUUAGAUUCCUUGUAUUUACCCAUUUAUGUCUGCUGCAAUUACCAGGUAAGUAACUGAAAUUCCAUAGUACUUACCAGGUUAAUACCUGGUUGAGUGUUUUUCUUCAUCUUCAGUUAGUCUACCAGUUUCUACAGGUUUGUGUUUCAAUGUUUUGCAUUUAAAGAUUCAGUCAAAAUAAAAGAUCCUUCCUGAUUGUCUAUGGGAUUUCAGUUUCCUGCUCAGUCAAACCAUUGCACAGACACAGCAGGAAGUCUGUGUUAGAACAGUCCCACAGUAGUACUUUGUUCAUGUAGUUUUAUCUCUGUAGAUGAAUGAUGGUUCCUAUUGCAAUUUCAUUUGACGGAUGGAAAAAAAAACGUUGGUAAAACGGGAACAACUUCUGAGUCCUGCUGGACCAGCUGGUCAGCUUUGAAACUAAGUGAAAUCUGUCAUAUAUUCACAAAGAUCAGGAAAGAUAAGCUACAAGAGAGAGGCAAGUCUAACAGGAAGUGAUGCCAUAGAUGGAUUAAUCCUUAAGGGCAGAGUUAGUUACCCACGUAUGUUGACAAACUGCAAAAGCAGCAUAUAAACAAUAGUUAAGUAACACAAAUAAAUGAAGGGAACCUAAAUAAAA